AUGGCGGCGGCCCGGGCGCUGCGGCUGUCCGUGCUCCGGCUGCCGGUGCUCUUGCCGCUGCUGCUGGCGCUGCUGCCGGGCCCGGCGGGGGCUGUGUGGCCGCAGCCCCAGGUCCAGAGCUCCCCGCCCAGCGGUGGCCGCUGCCCGGUGCCGGCUCGCCGGUUCCGCUUCGCUGCGGCGGACGGCUCGGCCGUGGGGCCGGGCUGUGCCGUGCUGGACGCCGCCUUCCAGCGGUACUGGCCGCUGCUCUUCGGCCGUGCCACCGAGAAUGAGCCGUCUUGGGAAACACCCUGCACUAAGCUUCUCGUCUAUGUUUCCACUCCAGGCUGCAAUGGGUUUCCCAGCCUGGACUCCAAGGAGAGCUAUAAGCUGUCUGUCUCCAGAGGCUCCAUGCUGCUCUCAGCAGAGACCAUCUGGGGAGCUCUCCGAGGUCUGGAAACGUUCAGCCAGCUUGUUGGGAGAGACGAGAAUGGCACAUACUACAUCAAUGAGACAGAAAUCGUGGACUUUCCCCGCUUCCCUCACCGCGGACUGUUGCUGGACACCUCUCGUCACUACCUGCCUCUGAGAGCCAUCCUGGAAACUCUGGACGUCAUGGCUUACAACAAGUUCAAUGUGUUCCACUGGCACAUCGUGGAUGACCCAUCUUUCCCCUAUGAGAGCUCCACAUUCCCAGAGCUCAGCAAGCAGGGAGCUUUCAAUGCCAUGACCCACGUGUACACAGCCAGUGACGUGCAGACUGUGAUUGAGUAUGCCCGGCUGCGCGGCAUCAGAGUCAUCGCUGAGUUCGACACCCCUGGCCACACCCUCUCCUGGGGGCCAGGUGCUCCAGGCCUCCUGACUCCCUGCUACAUGGGCAAGGCUCCUUCUGGAGUCUAUGGGCCCAUCAACCCCAUUGUUAACAGCACCUACCAGUUUGUGACCCGUUUGUUCCAAGAGGUCAGCGCUGUGUUCCCAGACUUCUUUCUCCACCUUGGUGGCGAUGAGGUAGAUUUCACAUGCUGGCAAUCCAAUCCAGAAAUCCGUGCUUUCAUGACAAAGAGAGGCUUUGGUGAAGACUACAAAAAAUUAGAGUCUUUCUACAUCCAGAGGCUUCUGGACAUCGUCUCUUCCCUUGACAAAGGUUAUAUUGUGUGGCAGGAGGUGUUUGACAACGACGUGAAGCUGAGGCCUGACACCAUCAUCCACGUGUGGAAGGAGAACAGGCUGGAGUACGUGAAAGAGAUGGCCAAUGUCACCAGAUCUGGCUACCGGGCUCUGCUCUCUGCUCCCUGGUACCUCAACCGCAUCUCCUACGGACAGGACUGGAUAGAAGCCUAUAGAGUGGAGCCCUUGAACUUUGAAGGCAGUCCUGAGCAGAAGGCCCUGGUGAUUGGUGGCGAGGCCUGCAUGUGGGGUGAAUAUGUGGAUGUCACCAACCUGACCCCCAGGCUGUGGCCAAGAGCUGGGGCCGUAGCUGAAAGACUCUGGAGCAAUGAGACUGUCAGGGACUUGGAAGAUGCAUACACCCGGCUGGCGGAGUUCCGCUGCACCCUGCUUGGGCGUGGUGUCCAGGCCCAGCCUCUCUACAUCGGAUACUGUGACCAUGAAUUUGGUGGGGCUUGAAGGGAGAGCUCCACUGCCCUCCAUCUCUGUGCACACAGGAGGAAUGUCCUCCCCUCAAAAGGGCAAAGGGACCCCUUCCCACCCCACCUUCUGCUCUGGCUUCGUUGCAAUGAACAUUUCUUUUGCCUUGGCAUGCACUCAUUGCCUCUUUUUCUAUUUUUAUUUCUUUAAUCUAUAAAUAAAUGACCCCAAAGAGGAAAAAGGUGCCUAUUCCUGCUGGGGCUUGGGACACUCUGCAAGGGUUAGCAGGAGAUAGGUAGGCUUGGGACACUCUGCAGGGGUUAGCAGGAGAUAGGUAGGUCUUGCUCUAGAGAUGCUGGUGGAGAAACUUGCACGGUGCCUGCUCAGCUGGAUAAACUGUGCUUAGCCUCUGCUGUUGUCCCAGGGUUUACUUCUGCAGUCAUGUUGUGCUGUGGGGUCCUGUCCUUGUCCCUCCACUCUCCUCUGAUGAUCAGGCCUGCAAGCUACCACCUCUGCUGCCCUAAAACCUGGCUGCUGCCACCUUCUGUGGCUUCUCCUCAGCAGAUGACACCCUGGAGCCUCUUUGAGGAGCCCUUGCAAAUCUGCUGAGUGGUGCAUGGAUAUUGCAAAAUCUCUACUCAGCUCUUCAGGCUGUCCCCUCUGCCUGGGGAUUUGGCCAAAUGACCCAUCCUCCUGCUGCUCUGUUAUUCUCGGGUGAGGAACUCAGGUCCAGGUCUCCUCCAUCCAGAGAGAGAUGUUGGUUUCAAUGGUGUUUUCCUUGGAGAAGAAACCAGUGGUGCUGCUGUCCCGUAGAACUGGGACAGGUCCUUCGAUGGUUGGCAUUGCUGUGCUGGAAACAGCAUUCAGCUGAAAGCAGGGAAUCCCUCACAAGAAGUCCUGGCUGGCUGGGACCAUUGUAUGUGUGUCUUGGUGUUAAGUGGGUGAGAUGUGCUGUUAUGGCUGGAAACCUUUAUGACUGAACUUCAAAUUAAAAAUAGUGAAUUAACAGUUA